AUGUUCGACGACGUCGAGCGGCUUUUUCAUGAAUAUGUACAGAGGUUUGGUUUCUUCAAGUUUUUAUGAGAGAUUCUCAAGACUGAGGAGAAUACGGUCAUGUGUGCUCCAAUGACAAAAUGUGGAAAAAAAAAAUUAAAUUUUCUAAUUCCAUAGUCUGUUCCGAUUUUGAAUGUCAAGUAAAUGAUAAAAGGGAUUUCCGCGAAAGGCAAAAUUUUCUCUGACUCUCCGAAAUUCAGUUAUCUUUUUCAGUCUCUGACGACUGUUUUAAAUUGUUUCAAGUGAAAUGACGUCAUUCGAAAACGCUCUGCGGAUGACUCGCUCUCUGAUUGGUUUAUCGCGCCAAAAGGGGCGGAGCUUGAGCGACGACUUGAAAUCCCAAAUCUGAACAGACUACGGCCACGUUUCACAGCAGAAAAAAGCUACCGUAAACACAAUUUUUGCACUUUUACUCUACAAAACUGCAAAAAAGGUCUCGAAGCGAAUUUUGGGGGGUUUUUUUUGGCGGGGGCAAAAAGGAUCAAAAAAAUUUUUUGAUCAGAUUUUUUCAGUGCCGACCGAGCGCUGCUUCUUGCCGCCAUUUUAAUAUUUUUCGUGAUUCUCAUCUUGAUCCUCAAUGCGUGUCUUUGUAUACAUCUACGGCGGAGAACGAAAAGAGAGGUUUUAUUGACUUUUUUUUGUAAAUUUUGGUCUCAAUCUUUGCUAGAAAACUGAUUACUUCGCUUAAAUUUUGAAGGGUUGAGAGGCUAUUUUUGUUGGUAAAGAGAGCUCUAGAGAAAUUUUUUUUUUGGAUUGUCUGGAUUGUAAGCAACUUUGGCGGUUUAUCAUCCGUAGGGCACAAUAGAAUCGAAUUUUUAGCCUUAACCGUUUUUUAAAUUUUUUUUUUUUGAGUAUGAAAAAAUUUUUAUUUAGACUGUGUAGGAUAGAAUUUAUCAUCUAGAAUUCAAAUUUAUAUCUUUACUGAUUAUUAUCCACAGAGCGCAAUUUGACUUUCACGCUAAGAUCUACUGUUCAUUGAAGGAUGUAUGGUCUUAGGAACGCUGGAGUGAUCGCUAGAGGGGCGAUCUCCUAGGAGCACUUUGAAGGUCUCCCUCUAGGGUCCAUCUGACAUGCCCCUAUCGUGGGAAUUGGAAAAAAAGUGACCACUCUAGGGGAGCAUGCAAGUGGUCCCAUGACGUCUUUUCAACGUUUGAAUCAGAAAAAAAAAUCUAAAGACCACUAUAGGGGACCACUGACCUUCAGGGGAUUCUGGAUCAGACCUGAAACCCCUAUAAGGAUAACCUUUUAUUUUUACCCCUCUAGGGAACACUUUCUCUCUUAUAGGGACGGCUUUUUCCUAAACCCCUCUAGGGGCCACUAAUCCUUAAGAACACGAUUUUAUUAACGACAUAAAAAUUGAAAUUACAGCUUGUACACUACCCAUCCGACACGCUGCAGUACAUCCCAUUCCCACGAAGAUUGGGCCGAAACGGCGAAUCCCAAAAAAACUAA